AUACUUUGUUUUGAUUUCUUCACUCAUGUUACUUUCUCGAGCCAAAGAUUUAUUGAAAACAUUCUCUCUACGCACUAUCCUCACCAAACCCCAUUUGCGGGAAUAGGGAAUGCAUAGAUAACGGUCAUCUAUUUGCUUUGGAUCCAUAAAUAAUAGUGGGGGUUGGGCCAAGUAGAGUCAUAAAGUAGGGACUUCCUCAGCUGUCUCUGCUUCUUCAACCAAUCACGUCCAGCUCAGAGCCUAUCAACAUCUCUCUCAACAUGGAUCUCUCUGUUCUCUUCUUCCUUCUCCUCGCCGCCGUUGCCACUACCGUCAACGCUACCGACCACAUCGUCGGAGCUAACAAAGGAUGGAACCCAGGCAUCAACUAUACCCUUUGGGCCAACAACCAAACCUUCUAUGCUGGUGACUACAUCUCGUUUAGGUACCAGAAGUCGCAGUACAAUGUGUUUUUAGUGAAUCAGACUGGAUAUGAUAACUGUACAAUAGAAGGUGCAUUAGGGAAUUGGACCAGCGGAAAAGACUUCAUUAUGCUGAACGAUACCCAGAGGUAUUACUUCAUUUGUGGAACCGGCGGUUGCCUUAACGGCAUGAAAGUUUCGGUGGUCGUUCAUCCUCUUGCGUCUCCUCCGAUGUCCGCCGUACCCGCUGAGCAUUCCUCUAAAAAGUCUUCUGCCCCGGCGGCGCGUGGUUUUGUGUCACUACUGGCUACGAGCUUCGCUUUUUUUGGAUUGACAUUAUGCGGUUCAGUUUGGAUCUAGCAAGUUUUAAGCCUUUUUGUCUGAAACUACCACAACCAUAAAGUAUCAAGUGUGUAUCUGCCAUUUUCAUU